UAAAGAGUUUUGUUGUUCAUAGAUUGAUUGCAUAAAGAAAAUGGGUAAAUCAAUUAGUGCUGUGACGUUUGUUGCCAUUUUGUUCUGCGGUGUUUUCUUGACUACGGUUUAUGGCGGCAAUAAUUAUCUGUGGGGUGAAAUUGGACCCAACGAUUAUCAUCUGGCCAAGGAUACCGUCUCAAAGGCCUUUUUUGUGGGCCUAGUUCAACAUAAGAAAUACGUUUACAAACAAUCUAACAAUCUUGAUGCCUUGACCAUUACGGCCAUUAGGGUCACUGAUAAGAAGAAGAAUAAUGGAGCCACUGCGGUCCUUGUAGCUGGCGGACCGGGUUCAAAGGGUGCUACCAUUGAGUUUACUUCGGAACGUGGUUAUGGCAUCAAGGAUUUGGUGGAGAUUUGGGGAAGAUAAUUUAUAUGAAUUACAUUCUAAAAUUAUACUAAAAUCAAGAAUAAAUUAAAUCAGCUCACUUAAAAAUGA